AUGGCCCCUUCCAACAAUGCUGGGUCGCCGACUUACCUGGGCCUUAAGGGCCAAAACCUCGUCUAUGCUGUGACAGCCUGCUGCUCAUUCGGGUUUCUUCUGUUUGGCUACGACCUUGGUUUUAUGGGAGGACUGACGACCUCCCCGGAAUUCCUAUCGGUAUUCGGCAACCCUAGCGCGUCGCUGCUUGCUUUCCUAGUCGCCUCUUACGAAGUCGGUGCCCUCAUGGGGGCGCUCUUCCAGUUUCUCCAAGGAGACCGAUUUGGACGAAAACCUAACAACAUGGCGGGCGCGGUAAUUGUUUCCAUCGGUGCCAUUCUGCAGGCGACUACAUCCGGGCUUGCGCAAUUUUUAGUCGGGCGCAUUGUGGCUGGGUUUGGUUUGGGUAUGAUGACAACCGUCAUCCCUAUUUGGUUAUCGGAAUGCAGCAUGCCCAAAUCGCGAGGCCGCAUGAUGGCGAUGCAGUUGUCAAAUCUGAUUUUUGGCUUGAUUUUGGCGAACUGGCUUGACUAUGGCAUGGCCAAAUAUGCUGGCUCCGUGCAGUGGCGGUUUCCAUGCGCCUUCCAGAUCGUCUUUUGUAUCAUUGUUCUUGUGCUGAUGCCGUUUCUCCCGGAAUCACCGCGAUAUCUUUGUUCCAAAGGGCAGAUCGACCGGGCUCGAGUCUCGCUUGCUGCCUUACGAGCUGGAUAUCCGGACGAUCCCCCCGUCGUUGAGGAACUGAAGGAAAUUCAAUACGCGAUUGCAGUCGAAGCCGAGGAGGCCGGAUCGUGGGCGGAUGUGUUCAGAGAUAAUGGUAUUAGCGGAAACACGCGCGUUGCAAUUGGCUUCGCUGCCAACUUUUUCCAACAGUUAUCUGGCGUGAACGUCAUGUCUUCACUUGGCCCCUAUGUCUUCGAGGACUCGAUCGGCAUGUCGCGCAACGAUGCGAUGCUCGUCUCUGGUGGUCUGCAGAUAUUUUACUUCCUCAGCAGCCUGAUUCCAUGGUUUAUUAUUGAUCGGGUCGGACGUCGUCGUCUGUUUAUGAUCGGGUCUGCGGGUAUGGGGACUUGCAUGCUUCUAUCGGCCAUCUUCGUCGGCAUUGGAACCACAGGCCUCGGAUAUGCCGCUGCAGUCGCACUCUAUUUCUUCCAGACUUUUUUCACUCUGGGCUGGCAGUCAAACAUGUGGAUCUACCCUAGUGAGCUCCUGCCACUCAAACUUCGGCUUCGCGGUGGUGCUUUAGCCGUUGUCUCACAAUGGCUAUUCACAUUCUUGGUGGUUGAAAUCACACCCCCGAUGAUUACCAAUAUCGGCUUUAAGAGUUACAUCGUCUUCGCCGUCAUAAAUUUUGCAACUGUACCUUUUGUGUAUUUUUGCUUCCCGGAAACGAGCAAAAUGCCUCUUGAAGCGAUCGAUUUGUUCUUUGCUGACCGCAAUGGCGAGCGGCCCUCAAUCUUCCAAGUUGUACGCGACUCGAAGAACAAGGAGUUCGUGGAUGACGUGCGGAGGCAGCUGCAGGAGCGAGCGAGGAUGAGAACUAUUACGAAUGACGGGCUCGCAGAAGACAAGGCUGAACAUGUUGAGCAGGAGAAGGUUUGA